UGGCAUACGUCAUACGCAUACGCGCCUGCGUACACGCUGACCCCGCCCCGUCCCCUGUAGCUCCCGUAGCUCCUCACCAGAAUGGCGGCUCUUUUGGAAUCUCUUCUGUUGCAGAAAGUUGAUAUCAAAACGGUCUCGGACUGGCUGAAGAAUGAUGAGGAGGGUGACCGACUGGCAUUCAGUGAACUUGGGGUGACAGUUCACAAACAAGAAUUUGUCCCAUUUCUUUUAAACUUUUUGAGAGAGCAGAGCAGUCAAGCACUGACCCAUGGUCCUGCCACGCCAGCCAAGACCCCCAGCCGCCCCAGACCUGCUGUACAGACUCAGGGCUUCAGUGACAGGAGAGGUUGCAGGUCUGAUGGUAGUGGAGCUGGUUCUCGGAGUGCCAGCCGGGUCCAGCUGUUUUCUCCUGCUUCCUCGGUGUCAUCUGGAUCUGAGUGGGAUGCUGCUUGUCAGUCAGGGUCCCAGUCUGCCUUCAGCAGCCCCUCCUUUCCUACAGGAUGGAGCCCUGCUUCCAGGCCUUCAGGCUCUGAGCGCCGGCCUGGCCAGAGGAUCAGUCUUGGGGACUACAUGGUUUCUCCUCCUGACCUCCACAACAGCCCCAACUCCCAGUCACAGAAGGGCCGCAGGAGAAGUGGUGGCAGCAUGGCAGUGGGGGGACAAGGGAAACAUGGAGGAUGGCGUGGAGGACAUCACAGUGAUGAGAUUGGACGUUGGGAAAGCGGGGGGAGGAGGUCAGGAUAA